CGGCGCGGAAAUGAGACAACGCCCAGACAGCCAAAUUGAGCUGGGAGCAGGGACUUACGGGGAACGAGAACUGAAAUGCUGCGGGCCGCCCUGUUGCUCAUGGGCAGCGCCGCGCUGCCGCUCCGGGCUCCCGCGCGCGGCCCCAGGCUGCGCACAUGCAACAAGCCCUGGAGGGGCUGCCCCGAGGAGGGCGGCGACCUCGGCGAGAAAUUAACAGGCUUCUCCGAGGCCAUGGCCAUGUACGACGACGACCAAAGCGGCAGCGCGUCCGCCUGGACCGGCGAGAACGGCCUCGACCGCGCUGCCUCCAAGGGCUUGGCGACGAGCGCCGCUGCGACGGCGCUGCGCCAGCUCUACAAGAACCACGGGGCGGACGGCCUCUACGCCGACGCGUUCGACUCCGAGACUAUAAAAACCGCGGCGAAGGCCGAGCUCGGCGAGAACGGCCUCGACCGCGCUGCCUCCAAGGUAUUCGCGACGAGCGUCGCCGUGACGAUGGCGCGGCUCCAGCUCUACCAAAACGACGCGGCCAACGGCGGCGUCGACGAAGAAGAAGCGGCCCAGGGCUACCUCGGGCGGGCUCUCGUCAAGUUACUUGCAAUUUUGCUAGAACUUGUUUUGGGACUCUUCGUGUUCGGAAGGAUUAUUCCGCGGCGCAGUAGCUUGGCGAAGGGCGCGGCCUGGCGCUCGUGUAUCGUCGGCUACCUGCUCUUUUGGCCAGAGAUCGCCCUCGUGGCGGCGGCGGCGACUUCGGUCCGCGGCAGCGACUACACCAUUACGAAGACCAAGAUCAAGACCAAUGAGUCUCCGAGCUCGUCAGUCCAAAGCCUUGAGCAGCGGCGCGUGCUCUCGGGCUAUGUGGACUGGGGAAAUGGGAAUGGCUGGUGCAUGUCCGGGCUCGAUGAAGAGAUUGGCAGGGGAGUGUCCGAUGCCAACGCCUGCUGGACGAUGUGCGAGGAUGAGUACGGCUCCGGCCUCGUGGCCAUCGACUGGUCCGCCGCCGACGGCGAGUGCUACUGCCAGAACGACUGUCAGUGCAUGGAGGACCACUACGACGCAGAAACCUACCUUGUCACGCGCGACUAUUUCGCAACGCUUCCCGACAAUUGCCCAGGCUAUGCAAUGACCGAUGACACCAUCAGAACGGCCGUCGCGGCGUGGACCUCGGACGCGACUGCCGCCAUGGAUACGUACGGCCACAUUUCUACUUGGAAUACUGAAGGGGUGACGGACAUGUCGUGGUUGUUUUGCGUGCGGGAGAAUUGGAUGGAAGGCGAGUCAUGGGCGGACAACUGCGUCUUAUCGACGUCGUCCUUCAUCGAAGACAUCGGCGCGUGGGAAACCUACAACGUCAAGGACAUGCGCUACAUGUUCUACCGCGCCUUGGCCUUCAACCAGGACAUCGGCGCGUGGGACACCUCGGGUGUCACAACGAUGAUCUCCAUGUUCCACGGCGCCUACGCCUUCAACCAGGACAUCGGCGCGUGGGACACCUCCGGCGUCACGUCGAUGGCGGAAAUGUUCCUGGAAGCCUCGGCCUUUAACCAGGACAUCGGCGCGUGGGACACCUCUGGCGUCACGGUCAUGGUCCAGAUGUUCCACGUCGCCUUGGCCUUCAACCAGGACAUCGGCGCGUGGGACACCUCCGGCGUCACGUCGAUGGCGGAAAUGUUCUACGAAGCCUCGGCCUUUAACCAGGACAUCGGCGCGUGGGACACCUCGGGCGUCAGGAACAUGCAAUCCAUAUUCGAGCGCGCCUCGUCCUUUAACCAGGACCUCGGCUGGUGCGUGGACGACAAUGUUGAUUUUGACGACAAUGGAAAAACUUUUCAAGACGCGUUCGACGGCACCCAGUGCGCGUCGACGUCCUGCGGCGUCCUGCAGGGCGCCGCCUGCGCGCCGACGCCCGCGCCGACGUCGAAGUACUGGGGAAAUGGGAAUGGCUGGUGCAUGUCCGGGCUCGACGAAUUGAUUGGCAUGACGUCCGAUGCCAACGCCUGCUGGACGAUGUGCGAGGAUGAGUACGGCUCCGGCCUCGUGGCCAUCGACUGGUCCGCCGACAACGGCGAGUGCUACUGCCAGAACGACUGUCAGUGCAUGGAGGACUUACAAGACGCGGGAACCUAUCUUGUCACGCGCGACUAUAUCGCAGCGCUUCCCGACAAAUGCCCAGGCUAUGCAAUGACCGAUGACACCAUCAGAACGGCCGUCGCGGCGUGGACCUCGGACGCGACUGCCGCCAUGGAUACGUACGGCCACAUUUCUACUUGGGAGACUGAAGGGGUGACGGACAUGUCGAGGUUGUUUUGCGUGCGGCAGGAUUGGAUGGAAGGCGAUUCGUGGUGGGACGAUUGCGUCUUAUCGACGUCGUCCUUCAACGAGGACAUCGGCGCGUGGGACACCUCUGACGUCAAGGACAUGCGCUACAUGUUCUACCGCGCCUACGCCUUCGACCAGGACAUCGGCGAUUGGGACACCUCGGGCGUCACGGCCAUGGACGAAAUGUUCGGCCGUGCCUGGGCCUUCAACCAGGACAUCGGCGCGUGGGACACCUCCGGCGUCACGUCGAUGGCGGAAAUGUUCUGCGAAGCAUCGGCCUUUAACCAGGACAUCGGCGCGUGGGACACCUCGGGCGUCAGGAACAUGGUGGACAUGUUCUACGAAGCCUUGGCCUUUAACCAGGACCUCGGCUGGUGCAUGGACGACAACGUUGUCUUUGACCCCCACAACGAGGGCAAGGACAUUCAAGACGCGUUCUACAGGACCCCAUGCGAGUCGACGUCCUGCGGCGUCGUGCAAAUGGACACCUGCGCGACGCCCCCGCCAACGCCGCAAGUAUUGCCCACCAACUCUCGCGCCACCCUCGAGGGAUCGAUGACUUGCGCGGGCAUCUCGCUGGCGGACGCAGAGUCGAACGCGGGCGUCUACGCGUCGGCAGUCGCCGACGUAUACGACGUCCAAGCCAACAGGGUUACCGUGACGUUUUCAUCUGGCCGAAGGCGUCUCCAGAGCGGCAGUGUCGUCGUCGACUACACAAUUCUCUACGCAACCAUGGCGGACGCGACGGCCGCAGUUGCAUUGGUUCCCACAGCCACCGUCUUCGACGCUGCCGUUCAGACCGCCGCGGCCGACGCGGGUGUCUCCGGCGUUUUCGCCGGAGCCACCGUCGAGGCUGUGGCCCCGCCCGUUGCAGCGCAGACGGUCUCGACCACCUACGACGACGACGACGAUGACGACGAGUGCGACGGCGGUUGCAUCGCCUUCCUCCUCAUAGUCUGCGUCAUGUUACCAUUAUGCUGCCUCUGUGGCAUCGUUUACCUCUGCCGCAAGAUGAUGUGCAAGAAAAAGGACGAGGGCACGAAGGUCGCGCCGACGCAGCAGCAGACCAUGACCAUCACGAUUCCACCGGGCGCGGCGCCUGGCGCAUCGCUCCGGGUUAUGACGCCAUCGGGACAACCCAUAGACAUCGUCGUCCCGCCCGGCGCUGGACCCGGGACCCAGCUCCAGGUGCCGGUGCCGGCGCCUCAACCGGUGCGGCAACCGGCGGCAGCGUCCGCCACGGGCAACAAGCUCGCCUUCGGUGGCGCAGCGGCCGGCGCCGCGGCCGGCGCCGCGGCCGGCGCCGCGCUCACGACGUCGCAGAUGGACAUCCUCGGGCCGCUCUCCGGGGUUCUGGCGGCGCUCCCCGCGGCCGCGCCGCCGCCGCUCAAUAUGUGUCUGAUGCCGUUCACGAGCGCCUUAGCCGAGCUCGGCAUCGCGGUGCGCCAGGUGCGCUUCAACAAGGAAGCUGCGGCCAUGCUGCAGCGGCGCGGAACGGAGAUCGCCCAGAAGCUCCAGGACGUCGUCAAAGCGACGCAGGGCCUGCCGACGGGACAGGUCGAGGCCGUCGCUCGGACGGUGACGGCCAUCGGCCAGGCGCUCGACGAGGCGGCCAAGUUCCUCCAGCAGUUCUCGAAGAAGGGCGCGUUUAAGAAGCUCUGCUCCGGCUCGCUCGACGCGCGGCAGUUCGGGCUCCUCGACAAGCGGCUCUGCGAGCUCAGCAACGAGCUCGGCUCGGCGUUGGACCUCCAACAGCUCGCGCUCCAGGCGCAGCGGUUCGAGAAGAUCGAGGGCUUGAUCCAGCUUCUGGGCCAGCAGACGGUCGACGCGAACAACCAGGCGGCGGCGCAGCGGGCGGCGAUCAUGUGCGGCAUCCAGAAGGGCAGCGCCGUCGAGAGCGAGGAGCUCUCGGCGCUCGGCCUGAAGCUGGACCAGAUCGCCGCGGACGUGAGCACGGUCAUCGACCAGAACACGAAGCAGCAGGAGUCGCUCGACGAAGUGAAGGAGAUGGUGGCGGCGAAGAACUCGAAGCUGCGGGGUCGGGCGCUGGCGCGCCAGGAUAAAGAUAGGGCGCUCGAGGAGCUGGAGAUCGAGUUGGACUCGGUCGAAGAGAAGCCCAUCGCGAAGGGCUCUCAGGGCGCCGUUCACAAGGCUUCGUACCAAGGCGACGUGGUCGCGCUGAAGAAGAUGAGUCUCGUCCUGUGUGGAAAUCAACCAGUGCAUCGGGUGCACCGACAAUUCUUCACUAAGUCAUUUCUCGGCGAUGACGCGGCCGUCCUGGCUCGGUCAAGCGGUGAGGAACCGGCAUCGCCACGCCAUCGAGCAGACAUCGCGUCGAUGGCGUGGAGGACGACGCGAUGAUUCAGCACGAACACAGGUCUUAUCGGCAUCACGGCGACGAAGCGGAACAAGAUGAUGCGGGACUUUUCGACGGAGCUGGCCAUCAUGGUGAAGCUUCGGAGUCCGCGCAUCGUCGCCGUGUAUGGGGUGGUGACGACGGACACGACUUGGCUGGGCCUCGUCGUCGAGUACUGCGGCGGCGGUGACCUGCGCGAGGCGCUCGACGCCGACGACGCGGCAAGUAUUGACGAAGCGCAGCGGCGGAGCUGGCUAUCAGACAUCGCGCUCGGCAUGGCGUACCUCUACUCCAAGGGCGUGGAGCAUCGCGACCUCAAGACGUUAAACAUCCUCCUCGACGGCGACCGGCGCUGCAAGGUAACGGACUUCGGUUUGAGCAAAUCCGAGUCUCUUGCCACGGCGGCGACGCAGGCGACGGCCGGGGGGGAUGCGAAGGGCACGCCUGCGUACAUGGCGCCCGAAUUACUCCAGCACAACAUUUUCACGGAAAAGGGCGACGUGUACGCCUACGGCAUGAUCGUCUUCGAGGUACUUACCGGAGAUACGCCAUGGUCGGGCCUCAAUCAGAUGCAAAUCAUGAUGCAGGUGUGCAUUCAGAAGGACCGCCCGAAGAUCGACGGCGACGCGCCCGCGGACCUCGUCGCGUUGAUGCAGAGGUGCUGGGCGCCCGAGCCCGACGCUCGACCCUGCUUCGCCGACAUCAAAGCCGAGCUCCGCGGCGGCCCCGAUACUCCUGCGAAGUGAUCCGAACGCCCGCACCUCGGCUUCUACUGCGGGAAAUCUUACCAUACCCUAGCACGCUAGUAGGAUAUCCUCCCCCCCUUCCUUCAUCCUAUCUUGUUCUCACUACAUUCAAGCG